GUUCGAAGCUGGAGAAGUUCGAAGCGCAUGGGCUCGCGGUGUUGGCUCUGGAGAGUAAUUCUCGUCAACGUAAUACCUGUCAACGAAACUAUUCGAUUUAAACCCGAAUCGGUCUACGGCCCCUCUCUUCGGCCUACGUUUCACCUACAUUAACAAGUCAAUUCAACGAAUACAGACACAUCCGCACAUUAAGCCAUGGAACGGAAGCGGAAACAGGGUGCCGCGUCGGAGCAAAUCGAUACAUCCAGGCCCCCGAAGCGGAAGCGCAAUAUCGUCCACGAGGCACCCACUUCAGAAGAGAUUCACACUGCGAGACAGCUUCAUCAGUUACUGACUUUCGAACAAGACCUCCGACAAUCAAGACAUGGCCUUCAGUCCUUCAAGGAUCUGCUCGAUGGCGUUCUCAAUGAGACUGGCGACGGUGCCAACAGAAAGCUGAAUAUAGUGGCCGAAUAUCUUGAGAUAACCAAGCCCAGACAGGCCCGAGACGAAACGGAAGAUGUGCCUGUGUAUCUACCCGACAUAAUGGAAACGUGGAGCAUGGCUGCCCAGAUGGGCAACGAGAAUGUCAUGUCCGCCGUCGCAGUUGUGCUCGCUCUACUUAUCAAGGUGAUAUCGAAUCACGUAGAUAUGGUUCCAAUUGGUAUGGGGAUAUGUCGUACAAUCCUUCAGCGUCGUCAAUUGGAGCUGCUAGCCAAAAACCUCUCAGCCGACAAGGGCAAGGACUUCAUUGUAUCACCAACACUGCGCCUUGUACGUGAGAUCGUCAGUCUAGAUGGUGGUGCUCUGGCAAUGCAUGUCUUUCGUGCCCGGAACUUUACUUUCAAAUCGUUGGCAAGGAAUAUGAGCCUCCGUUUUCUUGGCGAUGGCCUCGAGGACCCCAAGAGACCGUCCGUGAGGACAAAUGCUGUCAGGGUGCUCAUGAGCGCCCUGAAGCUUUCCAGUGUUGAGGCCAAGAGAGAUAUCCUGUCCCAAAAAGAUGUCGUUGCCGCGCUUAUGAGGGCUCUGAAAGAAGACCCUCCGUAUCUCGUCUUCGAGAUUUUGGACACGCUCAGAAGCUCCGUCGUUCUGGACCAGAAACUGCGCUCAGACGUCAAAAUCAAGAUCUUGAAUUCACAGUCUUUAGCACGUAUCGCAUCUCUCUACUCGUACCAGCACGCCAAGUCGUCAGAAGACGGCACACCAUCGGUGGAAGACGCAGCACACAACUUCUUGAUGGCUGCUUGUACUGAGCCAUCCGCCGGCAUCCUGCGCUCCCAACAGGGGUACUACCCCGAAGGCGUCGACUCCGACAAAAUACCGAAUCUAGACGUCGAUAAACUUGGAGACCUAGGGCUGGAAAGCAUUUCCUGGAUGGAGAAAUUCAACGUGGACGUGCCUGUACGAAAUUCCUUGUUGUCAGAGUUCAUUUUGACUCUACGACCCUGGUCAAGUACGAAACAAAACGAGCUACUUGUCGCAAUCUUUGAGGCUUGUCCAGAGCUCAUCGCCAACUAUUUCGCGAACAAAAAAGCGUUCAGCUUUGAUCCGAAAUUGUCGGCGACAUGGAUCGGUUAUGCGACACUGCUCUUCAACACUAUUCGGCUGGACGUUCCACCGUUCUUUGGCCACUAUAGAAAGUAUGCCAGGAUACCACCUCCUACAGCCGUUGUGCUGGGCAACAUCAUUCCCUUGCCUUUGGAACUGAAGUCCAUCUCACGAUGUCUGAACCAAAAGUCCAAGCUGAUCUCCUACUUUGCUAUACGCUUGCUCGUAAUAGCCUUGGAGAAGCUGUCGGCCGUUUUGGAUAUGUACCGGGAGGCAUCGAGCUUGUCAGAUAAAUUGUGGAUGGAAGCUGCCCAUCGGCUGGUUGACGACUUUUGUCAGAGGAUUCCUACCUUGAAAGAUAUCAUCACCGCUUAUCGAGCUAUAUCAGAUGAGGAUAUCUUGCAACGGGCAGCUGCUAGUCGACUGUUGCUACUCUACCAUGAGAUCAUUCCGCAAGCCGCUCUUGCUGCGAAGUUUGAUUUUUCUCCUUUGCUAUCGGCCGCUCUGAAGAGACUCGAGGCCCCGGACGAGAGCGUUGAGGAUGCGACGCUGCGAUUGAUGGAGCUAGAAAAUAUGUUUGCAAUGGCUAAACAUUCUCCAAGCAUGAGGUGGUUCGCCCCCCGAAAGGACGCUCCGCACUCCCCAUUCAUAACGGUCAUGAAGUUGUACAUUGACAAGACUCAAGACUUGUCGGCAAGCAACCUGACCAAAAUCCUCAACUUCAUUGCCGAGGAGCAUGAUAUAGUGGAACGAGGGUCAGCCGUUGCCGGUAUCAACCCCAUCAUCGUCACUCUGCAAAGCCUCGAGACCGUUGACCCCUCAAUUUGGACUUUCCUCGACAAUUGUGCAGAGAGAUGUGCGAGGUCACCAAUGAAGUACCAGGAGAUGAUCUCGGAGCUCGCUCUAGAGCUCGAGUCGAGUAGUUCUGUACAGUCGCGGGUAUCUCUAAACCCUGUGGUGAUGACAAUGGCAGAACAACUACCGUUUGCCGUCUCUUCCUCGACGAAGGUUCGCCUCAUCAGCUUAGCUGGUUUUCUAUCCGAACUCCUUGGCAAUUCAGGGGCUAUGGGCACCGGCCAACCAUUACUGGCAGCCGUCUUGCAAAGGUUCAUGACUGGGUUUGGAGACUCGAAAGCCCGAAAGCACUUGUCGAUUCCCGAGAAAAUGGAAUUUAGUCAAGAGGAGAAAGAGCCAGGCCUGGAGAAGUCACUUGCCGUGUUUGAUGCUGAGACUGGUCCAAUCAGCCAGGAGCAGCUUGAAGAGAUGCUCUCGGUACCAGUCAAGGCAAAUAAAGACAACAGUGCGCUGAUGAAGUGGUCUUCCAAAGCGGCAGAGGACCUCAUUGAAGAAGGAUAUGCAGCGUCGGUCAUUUGGCUUCUGGCAUCGGAGCAUCCCAGCAUUCGUAAAGAAGCUCUCACCGCCAUCGUUAAGAUUGCAGCAAAAAUCAAGGAAUCAACUUACGAGGAGAGUGAGCAGGUUUGGCUCCUGCUAUCAGAGCUGGCAGAAACCUCUAGAAAAACCAUCAAUGAGGCCCGAAUGCCAAGUACUAUCUUGUCAUUCGUCUGUCGUUGUCUUGAUGUUCUCAAGAACCCAACGCAUUGCCUUUACCCCAAGAUCAACACAUUCCUCACUCGCGUUCCAGUCUGGGAUUUGGAAAAGCUACCGCUGGUGCAGGACAUCCUUCAAGAGGGACCCAAAGAAGACAAUGCAUAUUACUCCGAAGUUAGCUGGCUGCUAUCUUAUCUUCUCGACGGCCUUCGCACGCCGACCGAUGUAGCGGUUUUGCAUAGGAGGAAGGUUUUCGAGCGGAUCCUUACUCUUUACUGCAAUCCGUACAUGGGUCCCAACCUACGUACCCAGAUUCUGAGAAUCGUAUACAGACUCACGACGGUCGAGGGAGGGAGUGAUACUCUGAUCACGCGGUUCGGUGGCUUGAGCUGGAACAAAAUCCAGGAAGGUAUGGGAGGGGGCCAGAGUAGCGUGUACCAGGGCCUCAUGAAGAGACUGUGGCAAACUUGCGACCAGGAACGAAUUACCAGCUGGAGCAGUAGCUUCGCCAAGAAUUUGGCUGCGUUCGAUUGAGAUUGUGGGUGACAUAUAGUUGAACAGGUAAUAGGAUGAGAAACAACAACUAGAUACCCAAUUCUCAUGCAAGGUUCAACAAGCAAUCCCAAGCCUUGGCCCUGUGAUGGAAGUGAUGUAUAAUACUUCAGCUCUCUUCUAUUCUACAACUCAGGAACAUGUGAGCUACCCUAUAUAGUUCAAUCCAAC